UCUCUGACGUCACUUCCUGCCCCGCCCACCCCCGGGUACGGCGGCCGGGCGGGACCGGGAGCGGGACCGGGCGGAGCCAUGGAGGUGCAGUCGUACUACACCAAACUGCUGGGGGAGCUGAACGAGCAGCGCAAGCGGGAUUUCUUCUGCGACUGCAGCAUCAUCGUGGAGGGCAGGAUCUUCAAAGCCCACAAGAACAUCCUGUUCGCCAACAGCGGCUACUUCCGAGCGCUGCUCAUCCACUACAUCCAGGACAGCGGCCGCCACAGCACGGCCUCGCUGGACAUCGUCACCUCCGAGGCUUUCUCCAUCAUCCUGGAUUUCCUCUACUCGGGCAAGCUGGAUCUGUGCGGGGAGAACGUGAUCGAGGUGAUGUCCGCCGCCAGCUACCUGCAGAUGACCGACGUGGUCAACUUCUGCAAAACCUACAUCAGGUCCUCCUUGGAUAUCUGCAGGAAGAUCGAGAGGGAGGCGGCUUUUUACCAGGCUGACAGCGGCAGCUCGGCCAGGGAAGGCACCUCCAGGAGCUCUGCCCCCGCCUGCUCCGCGCAGGAGGAGAGGAUCCCGGAGUGCCAGCGGGAAACGCCCUGCGGGGAGCAGCCGAGCAGCGACUCCCCCGACGGCUCCAAAGGGGUGGAACCCAAGGUGGAAUUUGACCCCGACGAGGUGGAGGUGGAGGUGGGCGAGCGGCUGCCGCAGUUCCCCGCGGUGCCGCUGGAGCAGAUGGAAGAGGGGCAGCCCGUGGAGCUGGCCUGCAAUAAUUACCACAUGAAGCACUUCCUGGAGGCUCUGCUGAGAAACAGCUCGGCCCCGAGGAAGGAGGACGUGGUGCAUCACUUUGUCCGGGGAUUUGAGGGUAGGGCUGAGGAUGCAGGAGUAGCCAUGAGCUCCAUGAUGGACAUUCACAGCGACUGGUAUGGUGAGGACACAGGUGACGUGCUGGUGGUGCCCAUCAAGCUGCACAAGUGUCCCUUCUGCCCCUACACGGCCAAGCAGAAGGGGAUCCUGAAGAGGCACAUCCGCUCGCACACCGGGGAGCGGCCGUACCCCUGCGACACCUGCGGGAAGCGCUUCACCCGGCAGGAGCACCUGCGCAGCCACGCCCUCAGCGUGCAUCGCUCCAACAAGCCCAUCAUCUGCAAGGGCUGCAGGAGAACCUUCACCAACAGCCUGUCCCAGGGGCUGAGGCGCUUCGGGCUCUGUGACAGCUGCACCUGUGUCACCACCACCCACGAGGACUCCAUGCCCAUCAACCUCAGCCUGGUGGAAACAGCCUCAGAAGGGCAGGAGAAAGGAGAUGCUGACAAUGAUUGGCCCAUCUAUGUGGAGUCUGGAGAGGAAAAUGAGGCAGCUGAGGAUGAGGAUGGUGAUGACAAGCAGGAAAUCCACAGGAGUUUGUCAGACAGAGAGACUUUGAUGUAGCAGUGAGAGCAGAGGGGGAGCACUGAGAGGUUCCCUGGCAGAAAACUGCACAUUUGCUCCAUCAGUGACACUGUGCUGGUUUUUAUUAUUCUGGUUUUUUUUUUAAAUUAAAUUGCAAGGAGAAUUGGGAUUUUUAAUCCUUUUUAAGUUUUCAGUGCUGUGCACCAGAAAUCUGGGAAGAAUUUUCUGUCUGGGGCUCCCAGAGGUUGGACUUGAGCAGUUUUUCUGCUUCCUGGUUUUGGUUUUGCAGGUGGAACAUCCCCUGGGUUGUUUUGGGGACAGGUUUCUUCAAAUAAUGAGUCAUGGUCCUUAAGCCCUGAUCUGAAAGGGACACCACCUUUUCUCUGAAAUGACAUGAAAUGUGGUUUUCAACUCUUCCCUUGGGAUUUUUCCAUGUUAAUCUGUGAUCCUUCUGUCUUAGGACAGUGUUGUCCAAUUUAUGAACCAUAAAUGUUUGCUGAGACUGGAUUUGACCUGGAAACCAGGGCAGAAAAACCAGGAUAACAAAAAAAAAAAUAAUAUAAAAUAAAAUAAACCAACAAAAAUAUGCUGCUGCUGGAAGGAUAGACAGGAAGAAUAAAUCUAUUUCACAUAAUUAAUUGCAGGAAUUUAGAGAUCAAGCUUCUCUUUCUGAAUUUUUACUGCAUCCUCCUCUCCUAAGACUUUUAGAUCUUCACCUGUGUCUUUAAUGUCAGAUAUCAGUAGUCUUGGCUUAAAUAUUUAACACAAAUAAUGAUGUUUUAGUGGCCAGGACUAAGAGAAAAGCCCAAAUUCUUUUCAGCUUUUUCCAACAGGAGUUGAAAGCUGUCAAGCAGGUUCCUUGGGAGUUCUGACUGUGGCAGAUUAAAUAACCAGAUCCACACCUGCUGUAGCUGAGGAGCAGUGAAAUGUCUGAGCUAUGCUAUAAAAGAGCUCUAAUGCCCUUUUAGAAUAAUUUUCUUUCUCUUUUUCUUUUAAAAUUUGGGGAUCCUCUCAUGGUUUAUGUUUUGUGACUUUAUCCAAUAUUUAUUUUUUUUUAAAAAACCUCCACUGUGGACCUCCUGUUUCUUUGCUGGGGCAGCUAAAGCUUUUCAAAGGAGGUGAGAUUUUGUCACCAUUCCAGCAGCAAGUUUUUAAGAACUAUGAAAACUCAGGCUGGGAAUCUUUAGAAGAAAACCCAGCACCACCAGAAAGCCUCUUUGCUUAGGGGUGACCUCUUGUUCCCUGACAAAGGGAAAAAAAACUGGAAUAUACUGUGAAAUGAGACUGUUAAUGCUUCUUCACUCUGCUGUUCCUAAGUGUUUCAUGAAAAGGCAAAUUUGAUGAGUCUUUUUGGCUGCAGCAGAAUUCUGUGGACAGAUUUGGCUGACAAAGAGUUCCUCCCACUUGGUGCUGUUUGCUGAGGGUUUUGGUGUAAAGAUUUUCCACUUGGCAAAUCUAAAAAACCCAAGAACCCUGUGAUUUAACCAGGGUUUUUUUUUUGUUGAAAAAGAGCAAUUCAGCUUCUCCCUCUGCUUCACCCAGCAGUGAAACAGUCCCACUGUCAGGUCAGAUUUAUUUGUGAGAGGUGAUUCUGCUCUCACAAGUGCAGCCAAGGCUUCAUUGCCACACCAGGUAGGAUGAGGAAAGAAGAAACAAAGUUCAUUUUCAAUAAUUCACUUUAGUGAUGGCUGCUGGAAAGGGCAGAAGGUGAUGAAACUUCUUUUGGAGUGGUCUGGUCCAAGUUCUUGAUGAGUUGUCACCAUAAUGUGCUGAUUUUAUUUUCUGUCCCUUAAUUUGGGUGAGUUUCAGUCAUCCCUGUUCCAGGUCAGCUGGAAUUUUGAGUUUGUGGGAGCUGGGACACAGGACAGGAAUUUACAGAAUUCCUGCUCUAGAGCUUCUGUUUUAGUCAAUCUGAAUUUAGGGAUGUUGAAGGGACAGCUCAAGGAGGUGCCACCUUUGGAGUUGAGCUCCCCUGAGAAAAUCCUGCUGUGGUUUUGGCUCCUUGAAAACCUGAGUAAAUCUGUUUGGAAAAGCAUUUUCCAGCCUCCCAGGGCUGGAUUUUUGCUGAGUCCACCCAAAUCCAAAGGAUGAUAAUGGUGAUAAAGGAGGGAUUUCUGCCUUCAGAGCUGUGGAUAAUCUGAAUUUUUUGGGAGACUUGCUGAUGGAAGUGGAGGAGGAAUGUAAAUAGGGAUCUAAUUAAUAUUUAGUGAUCUCUGGUCAUGAAGAUUCCACCUGAUUGUGAAUAUUGGUGGAAGCCACUAAGCUGAGCCUGGGAAGUUCCUGGAGUGGCUGAGCUGACUCUGAGCCUGUGGAAACACUUGGAGCAGAGAAAAUGAACCUUGCAGGAAUGGCUGCAGAGAGCUUUUCCUUCAGCCUUUUUUGCUCUUAGAGAUUGUCCUUGUGUGUUUGUGCCUAGAGAAUGGAGCUGUCAGGGGGCUGGGGUGGGGGGGAGGCUUUUCCACAGGGAAAAUCCCACCAAACUGGGGGUUUCCUGUUCAAUUGUCACUUUGUGCUGCUUUGUUUUGUUUUUUCUGUGCAGUCUUUUCAACCUUUGGAUGUAGAAGAGGAUGGAGUUUUCCCCCACGUUCUUGUGUUCAUGUGAAUCCCUUUUGCUUGUGCUUUCCACUUCAUUUUCUGGAUGUUUUUCUCCCGAAAUCUUCCAUUUGUAGAUCCAGCCUCUCCAAGAAAAUGAUGUUGGCUGUUUAAAAACCUUCCUGUGGUGCUUGAUGAAGAAUCAAAAAUCAUGUUUUUAGGGGAGUUCUUUCUAAGAGAAUCUCUUUCUCCAAGGUUUUUAAAGGCCAUGAACACGACACAUCUUCAAACUUAGCUGGUUGUACUUGACUUUGUUUAGGAAUACACAUUUUAAUGUCUUUUUUUUUUGCACAGAAAUGUAUUUCACUGAAGAAAUACAUGCUGCACUGGUAAUUGUGGUGCAUUUAACCUCUUGGUGCAAAGCCCUUGUAAAUCUUCCAAAUGUGGUGGUUGAAUUUCCUGAUGUUUUGUAAGACAGUUUCAUAACUGAAGUCCUUUAGUCCAGUAAUGAUGACAAAUUCUUAUAAACUGAACCUUAUUUGUGGAAGUGACUCAACUAUAUUUGUGGAUCUUGGAGCAUUCUGGAGUUUUUUGAUUGUCUAGAAAAUAAAACUCUCUGAGAGGGUUGCUUUGAUUUUUUUUACCAUUCAAAUGUUGACUGAGUAAACCUGAGAGUGUCUUGAUUGAGGCUCACGUUUCAGUUUCUGGCAUUAAAAUGAAAUAAUUAAUAUUUCAUUUUCAUUAAUUUGGUUAAAAAAAUAAUAUGUCCAUUUUUGGGGACAGCUAGUUUGCAAGAAAAAUCAGGUUUUUGGAAGGAAAGAACUAAAAGGAUCCUGUUCACUUAAACCCCAGCCAAGUGAGAUUUUUAGAUUUUUUUUUUUUUAUUUUAACACUGACUUGGUUUUUUUAAGUGUCUUUGUAGCUUUAUGUUAAUUCAGCUUUUUAAAACUUCUCAUUUUUUCUUGCUGGGAAUCAGAUACUGAUCUCAGUAGGAGGAAAUGCUUGUGGGAAUGGGGAGGACAGAAUCCCAAAUAUCCUUUCCAAGAAAUUUUGAAUUCUAUAGAAUAUUUCACAAAAAAUCUCACUGCAAGUACACAAUUUUUUUUUUUUUUUUUUUCAUGAAAGAUGUGAGAUGCUGAAAAAGUCAGAGGAGAUGAGGAGAUCUCCACCCUUGGUGAUAAAGAUUUUUUGUGGGGGAAAGAGGAAAGCAGGGAAGUCAAGAAGGUGUUAAAGAACUCUGGAAUGAUUUGGGGAGAAUUAUUUGGAUCUUGCCCUAAAUCAUCAACAUGAGCUGUAUGCAAAUCCAUAUUUGGGACAAAUUUUUGUCCAAUUUUUGGGACAUUUGGCUGUUGUGGGAAAAUGGGUGAAGAUAAGAGUUUAAUGAGGGUUUUAAUUAUCCUGCUGGAACAGGAUUAGGAUUCCCAAAUCUCAGAUUUUUCCUAAAUUAUUGGAGAUUGCUGCCAGAGGGAAGAUUCCUGCCUGGAGUCAGGGGUUUAGGUCUGGAUUUCUGAUUUUCUGCUCAUUUUGAAAAAGGAAGUGAUCUCCUGGUGCCCUGGAGGCUUCAAGGAAUUGGGAUUUGGGAGAUUUGGGGUUGUGCUCAGAGAUUGGGAUUUGUGCUUGAACACGAAGGUGGAGCUGGAAUCCUGGGUGAUUUAACUCUCCUGGUUUGGUCCUUGGGAAAGCUGAGAACAGGAAUGAUGAUGCAAAGGAAGAAAACUCA